AUGCUGCGGGAGGUCAGCGUCACUAGGGAGCUCAAUGUGUGGCUACUCAAGCAGGUGAACACCCUGCAGACACCCCUAUCCCAGGUGUUUGUGGAUCCCUUUUCGAAGCCCUGGGUACUUCUCGCCGACGCCAUCGAAGCCCAGGAUGUCAUGAUGCGGCGGCCCGAGUUCGACCGGUCGGACUUUAUCACCGACGGGCUGGGCCCGGUGGGCGCCUUUCAUGCCCGGAUGAAGAGGGGCCAGACUUGGAAGCAAACGAGAGCCUGGCUGCAGGAUCUCAUGAGUCCCAGCUUUCUGAAUGGAACGGUCGGCCCCGUCAUGUACGACAAUGCGCUCCAUCUCGUCCAUUUCUGGGAGACGAAAGCCCGCUUGGGCAGUGGACGACCGUUUGACGUCAACGAGGAUCUGAAUCACAACGCUCUCGAUGGCAUGCUCUCCUUCGUGUUUGACAAGCACUUUGCGCACACUGCUCUGGGUCCCCAAUUCAAGGCUCUCUCUCAGCUAGACCCCUCAAGCAUCGAGAUCGGACCAGACGGAGAGGCCAGAUUUCCCGAGGCACCGGUUCAUGAGUUCAUUUCUGCACUUUAUGAAACGGUUGAAGGCAUCGACGAAGUAACCAAGUCUAUGCUCCCGUGGCUGAAGACAUGGUGGAUCAACCAGACACCAAAGUUUAGGAAGCUAGUAGCAGUGAAGAGACAAGUUGUGCGAGAGCAAAUCCAAGGCUCUCUUGGGAGGUUAGAUGAGACGGGAGAAGCCAAGACGGCAGUGGAAUACAUGUUGAUGCGUGAGAAGAGGACUGCAGAAAAAGAGGGCCGCAAGCCUGAUUUCGAGAAUCCAAUUUUGAUGGACGAGAUUGCAGGACAGUUCAUAGCUGGCUUACACACGACCAGCACGACGCUCGCCUGGACAUUCAUUUACUUGACUCGGCUACCAGAAGUACAAACCAAGCUACGGCAUGCGCUGCAUACGGCCUACUCCGAUGCGCACAAUCAAUCUCGGACGCCCACGCUAGCCGAACUGAACAAGACGCGGGUGCCCUAUCUUGAAGCUGUGCUGGAGGAAGCGCUCCGACUGCAUGCCACCAGCGUAGCACGGCAAGCCACCCGCGACACGGAGGUAUUCGGUCAUCGCAUCCCCAAGGGCACAAACGUGGUCAUGGUCGCCAACGGCCCGGGCUUCCAUGCCCCAUCGUUUGACGUGGACCCUAACCGGCGCAAUGCAACGGCCAAGACGACAGUGGGCUGGGAUGAGGGGCGAGACAUGAAGGCGUUCGACCCAGAGCGAUGGCUCAUACGCGGGGAAGUCGAUGGAGCCGUGGAGUUCAACGCAAACGCAGCACCACAAAUCGCCUUUGGUAUGGGUCCUCGCAGCUGUUGGGGUCGCCGACUGGCGUAUCUAGAACUGCGCAUGGUUACGACUCUUGUGGUGUGGACAUUUGACCUGCUGGAGGUCAGCCCAUCGCUUGCCGAUCCCAAGGCUAGUUACGGAAUAGUCCACAGAGCGGAUCGGUGCUUUUUGAGACUCGGACCCCGGGUGAAUAUUCAGAUGAAUGAGGAGUAA